CAAAAGUGCUCUCAUAUUCGUAUCAGUUAGUUAGCAUUCAGUUCAAUUCGAUGAGUCUUGAUUUAGCCCGAAAGAUGCUCCGACAAGAAAAAGAUUACCUUAGCGAGAUCAUGAACUACGCAGCGAAAGCCAGGUUACCUCGACCCAGUGCAACUCAUUCCCGGUCAUUCUCCAUUGAGGACAUCCUCCUGAAAGGAAGCUCCCCAGCCCCGUCAGAUAAACCCGCCCCUGUUGAAUUUGAUGCUGCUACCUUGGCAUCCUACCUUCCCCUCUCCAUGCCUCCUCACUACGCUGCUGCCUCGGCUCUUCCAGCUUAUGCUUAUACCCCAGCCCUACUCCUCUCCUCAGCUCUAAGAUAUGACUACGCUCUCAGACAUCUCCGCAGACGCAAAGCUAGAACCGUAUUCAGUGACAUGCAGUUGGAGGGACUGGAGCGCAAGUUCCGCAAUCAGAAGUAUCUGAGUGUACCAGAAAGGUUGGACAUUGCCACCGGACUCGGACUCAGUGAAACACAAGUCAAGACUUGGUUCCAAAAUAGACGAAUGAAGUGGAAGAAACAAGUUUUGGAAGAGGAGAGAGUAAGAAAGAUGAGAUCCAGGGAGACAUCCUCAGAACAAAGUUCCACAGGAGGACUAGUCGGAGAUCAGGAAAUUGGAUCCUCCGGACGUUGUACUCCCCAACUCUCCUCACCCAUCUCCCCCUCUCCCAGCCUCCCGGACUUCGACAAACUAAACGCCAAACGAGUGUUUGCUGAGCGAGCCUACGUAGCUGAUCACCAGAAAGCAGAACCCCAGUCACCUAUGGAGUUCUCAGCUAGCACCAGAAUGGCACUGACGGAGACCCCCACCAGUGCAGGAAUGCUCUCCAUACCCAACCUCAGGCCAUUCCAGUUAACCAAAAACUAACACUAUUAGUAUUGCUAUAUUAUCAGAGACAGAAAGAUACUGACGAUUUUAAUAUAUUAUUGAAGACAGCCGAUUUUGAAUGGUGUGGAUCAUCAAGAUUUUAUUGAAAGAUAUAUAAUAUCGAUGCUUUAAUUUUGAAUUUUUCAAAUAUGUUUGAGCAAAUAGUUUGCUUUUUAGUUUGUGGGUUUUUGAAUUUGCAGUUUGUGUGUUGUUUUGCUUUGAGUGGCAGAACUAAAACUAAUUUCUUUUUGAAUAUAUUGCAUAUCUUAAUCAAAUUAAAAUGCUAUUCAGAUUAAUUACCAGU